AUGAUGAGCGAAAAAGAUUACAAAUAGCAUAUAUAUAGUAACAAUGUCAGUCACCAUUUUUCCUAAUUGAUUGAGAAAAACAUCUCAAGCAAUCUUGUAGAAAUCUAAUUGAAAUGCUAAUUAAGUAGUGUACCAGUAUCCAUUCCUGUAAGGCAUAAUUCCAUCUAAUAUAUUGCAUGUCUCUUUGAUUUAGAUUGUUGGAUUGAAUACUAUAUGACAAAUAACAGAGAUGGACAGUAUUUCAAUAAUGAUUAUUUUUAAGUGGAUUCUCAUGUCCAGGAUGCAAGAAAUUUCAAACUUACGAAGACUAUGGAAUUGAUCAUACUCUUUUGCAUGUACUAGAGUCAUUUAAACUCUUAUAAAAAAAAUAUAAUUAGGUUAGGUUUGAUAAAGAAAUAUUAUUCUAAUCUACUUAACCAACAAAUCCAGGUUAUUUUGCUUAGAAUAAGAUUCCUAAAAACUCAUAACAAAUUGCCACUAAGUAUUUACUUCCAGGUAUCUCACCUAUAUUUGGAAUUUAAAGAAGGCUUGAAGGAAAUAGUUAAUUGAAUGAUAUAUAAAAAAAUAUAUCAAACGAAAUGUCUUAUACAAGUGUUAAGCUUUAACAAUUUACAAACAAUAAAAUAUAUUAAUGUGCAAAAAAAAAUAAUUAAAAAGUUAAUGAAUUGUAAGCAAAAUUAAAGGAAAAAGCAAAAUAAAUAUAAUAAAUUUUCAAGAAUGCUAUGAAGUUGACUGCUUUAACUUAAAAUAAAUUGACAAACGAUUUUAUAUUUGCACUUAAGAAAAAAACAAAACUUGGGGUAAAUGAAUCAAUAGUAAUUAUUUAUUCAUAAAACUAGCUUAUAGUUUAUUUUGUUAGUUAUGGAGUUUGGCAUGAAUUUCCACUAAUUUUUAAAGGAAGACCUUAUAUAUAAAAAGAAUAAGCUUUAUAUAUAAAAGGAGAGAAUAAUAACGAGAAGUUUAUUUAUAUAAUUGGAGGAAAAACUCAAGAAAGAUUUGUUCAAAGUAAUUAAGUUGUUCGUAUUAAAUUUCCUAAUGAUCCUCUUUAAGAUGGAACCUCUGCAGUAAUGGAGGAAUUACCUUCUCUACCUUAAGACGGAUACAAUUUUAUGGGAACUUAUUACAACGGGUAAUUUUAUUAUUUUUAUUAUUGUAGAAAUAUUUAUGUAUUUUAUGGUUAAAGAUAGAUAAAAAAUAAAGAUUAAUAAAUAAAAGAUGAAUUAUUAGAUAAAGCUUAUGUAAUGAGAUAAUAAAGGCCUUGGGAAAUAUUGAUGUCUAAUUUAAUUCCAAGAUUUGAUGGCAGUUUUUUUAUUUAACAUCAUGAAUAAUUCUCAAAAUUAAUGAUUAUUUUUGGAGGUGUUCAGCAUGAUCCUGAUGGUCUAAUUUAAUUUAGAUGUACAUAAUAAAAUAAAGGUUAAAUUUUUAUAUGCAAAGAUGAAAAAUUUUUCGGAAAUUAAAAAAUGGAUUUUUAGAUAAAUUUUUCACUACAACCAGAAGAUGCUUAUCAAAAAAAUGUUUUAUGUUCACCAGUUUUUUCUGCUCCUCUUUAUGGUUAGAAUCAAUUAAUCUUAUCUGGAGAAUAUCUUAAAUUUUAACAUAUAAUGAAAAGAGAAAUUUAUACUUUUGAUUGGGCAAAUGGAGUAUUAACAAAGAAUGAAAUAUUUUCAUUAGAACCACCUGAAUAUUUUCUAAUUCCAACAAAAAGGGAAAGACAUUAUGAAUAUUUCACACCAGUCUAAGAUAUGGAAGGAGCUGUAAAUUUUGGAAAUUUCUUUGUUAUUCAUUAAUAUGAGGCUACUCAAGGGAAAGUGAUAUUAUAACUAUUGAGAAUCAAUUUAACAAAUGGAUUAUGUAAAUAAUAAUUUUAUUUAUUUUUAGUUUUCACUACCCCUUAUAUGGAUCAUUCAGCUUCUUUGUAAUUAGCAAUCCAAAAAAAGAAAUAAUUGCCAAUAUCAUGA